AUGGAAAAAGUAGAGAUAGACGAACUACGGGAGCUUACGCAACGUGUAUGCACGAACGUCGCGGCGUAUGUUGGUUCGCAAGUUAAUGGCUCGCUUGAGUCGAUGCAGUUGAUGCAGACCGUCGUGAAUAACAUUAACAUCAAGUACGUAAAUAUGAAGCAUGAACUUGAAAAUCUGGGCACGAUGUCAAAAUUUUUGGAGACCCGUGCUAGUUCAAUCGAUGAGAAAAUGAACAUCAUAGACGACGUUGACGAAGAGCUUUAUGAACUUGAAGACAUGGUGGACCAGCUUGAGCAAUACACAGAAUCUUUAGAAAAUAAAUUCAACGAGCUGUGCUAG